GUCCGCCACCGGGUCGUUGUCAUUAGAGAGAGAGAAGCUACUUUGCGGUCCUUUUCCUCGCGUCGGAUUUUUGGUCAUUUUGGUCGCUAAACAUGACGGUGGAGGCGAUGGAAGUAACCACGAAUGAGAAGGAGAAAGAGAAGGAGAAGGAGAGCGAGACCGAAAAGAAAGAUCCGGAUACGUUAUCGCUGGAAGGUAAAUAUUGGAGGAGGAAUUGGUUGUGUUUUUGUGGCCGCCAGUCCUUCCUUCCUUCCGAUUUUGAGAAGUUUUGGUGCUCUUCAUCUUAUAUUGUAACGCGAUGCCCAAAAAUAUUAAGUGCAUGUCACCACUCUGAGAGUAAAUCCAUAAUUCUGCGUUCGGAAGCCCUUGUCCAAGUUAAACGAGAGGGACAAGAUGGCUUUGACCCUGUUUGCUUUGUGGGCAGGGAAGACCUCGUUGUCCUGCUGGUCCUGACAAGUUGUCUGGACGCAAGACAAGGAGUUCCGAAUGCAGCAUAUCACCCUCACUCAGCCAGAGUUCGGAGGGUCCGCAAGCCUAUGGGUAUGAAUCCCGGCCACGGCCCGAGGACCACGGGGUUCACGCUAGGGGCUUUUGGUGGUCUUAUGGCUGUAGAAUUUACUGAAAGUUUGACUUGGCUAAAGUGUGUAGAAUUUCCAUUGCAAAUGAGGGCCAAGCUUCCUGGAUGGCAGUUUCCAACUUUCGGAGUGAUGGCAUGGAUGUCACGCAGACGCCACUUGCUUAUCGACCAUAAGUUUUCUGUGGUAUCUAGGAAAAAAUACAAGAUCUGUAAUGCCAUAAUAAGUGAAGCAACCCCAUGCCAUGAGGAAAUAUCAAGAGGGGACCUUGACAUCUGGCAAAGUGUACCUUGGUCGGAUGAUGCAAGAUUUACCAUGACUGGCAGCUAUGGAAGGAGAGUCUAUCGGGCCCCUACUCAGAUGCCCUCCUCCCGCAGUAAAACACCCUGGAUCCCUCACUGUACGGGUUGCUUCACUUAUUAUGGUAUUGGAGGUAUUGUAUAUCUCUCUGCCAGUGAGAUGAACCCAAAUAAUUACCUAGAGCUUCUCUGUGACUUUCUACCCAGCUUAUUUAAGAUAACCCAGGCUAUUUUCAUGCAGGAUGGUGCUCCUUCCCACUUGGCAAAGUCAGUGCAACUGUGUCUUCAGGCAUAUUCUUUUAUUAAUAUUAAUAUGACCUUUGCAGCCAACUUGGGGCGUCAGCGUAGCCAGUUGGUGUUAGAGGUCGAUGUGUACAUCCAUCUCUUGGUUCUGCUGCGACUUCUUGACACCAACAGCAAUUCGGAUGCUAUUAAGUGCUCAGAUCUGUUGAUGAACAAAGUGACAUCAGUAAACAGGCGCACCCUUGACUUGCUCGCUGCACGCUGUUAUUUUUAUCACUCGCGAGCUUAUGAAGUCAACAACAGACUGGAUGAAAUAAGAGGAUUUUUGCACCAACGUCUGUGCCAGGCUACUCUCCGCAAGGACCAUGAGGGCCAGGCUGUCCUAAUCAACUGUCUCCUGCGCAACUAUCUCCACUACUCCCUCUACGACCAGGCACAGAAGCUGAUUGUCAAGCUUGAGUUUCCUCAACAGGCCAACAAUAAUGAGGUAGCACGGUACCACUACUACAUGGGACGCAUCAAGGGUAUCCAGUUGGAGUACUCAGAGGCCCACAAGCAUCUCAUUCAGGCUCUUCGCAAAGCUCCACAGCAGACCGCUGUAGGCUUCAGACAGUCUGUACAGAAGUUGGCAGUAGUCGUGGAACUCCUGCUUGGUGAUAUCCCAGAGAGACAGAUUUUCCGUCAAGCCAUCAUGCGCAAAGCUCUAGCUCCUUAUCUCCAGCUGACACAGGCUGUUAGGCUUGGUAACUUAGUGCAUUUUACAAACACACUCAAUGAAUAUAAGUCUAAGUUCUUGGACGACCACACAUUCAUGCUUAUCCUUCGCCUGCGCCACAAUGUCAUCAAGACGGGCUUACGGGCUAUCUCGCUCUCCUACUCUCGCAUCUCCCUCGCCGAUGUUGCUGCCAAGUUGACUCUGGGCUCGCGGGAAGAUGCAGAGUUCAUUGUAGCAAAAGCCAUUAGGGAUGGUGUCAUUGAGGCUGUGAUUGACCAUGAGCAUGGAUAUAUGCAGAGCAAGGAGACUGUUGAUGUAUACUGCACUCGUGAACCACAGUCAGUGUAUCAUCAGCGCAUUUCCUUCUGCUUGGAUAUCCACAACCAGUCGGUCAAGGCCAUGCGCUACCCCCCCAAGUCAUACAACAAGGAUCUUGAGAGUGCUGAGGAACGACGAGAACGGGAGCAGCAGGAUCUGGAAUUGGCAAAGGAGAUGGCAGAGGAAGAUGAUGACAGUUUCACGUAGACUGCGAGUUUCCCUCCUUUUUACCUCCGGAAGAUAGAGUGUGCUUGAAUGAGAGAGUACUGGUAUAACGUAGACAGAAAGAAAUGUAAUUUGUCAAGGCUAAAUGCUCUAUCAGGAAUAUAAAUUAGGCUUUCAAAAUCCAUAUCCAUAUUAGUUUGUCUCCCUUUUUCCUUUCCAUGUUGUAGGGAUAAUAACUUAUAGUUUAUAAUUUCUGGAAAAUGUGGUUUUAUUUUCAUGAAGUAUCAUUGCUCAUGUUAAUAAAGGAAACUUUGUUA